AUGGUGUUGACAGAUUUCGAUCGCUGGCUACAGGCAGAGCUCUUGCGCCGCUCCUUUUUGGCACCAUUGAGCCUUGAUGCCUGCACCCCGGCGCGUCGGGGAUUCCAUGCCAGCUUCUGCCUCGUGAGGCGUUGCGGGCGAACGCGGCCCAGCGACAUCAGCGAUCUGCACGGUCUGGCCGCAUCGUUGCGCCACGCUAGGCAGUUGUCAUCCGUGGAAGGUUUGCUCGCAGAAAUCUCGCGGGUUGCGCUGCCAGAGUUGCACCCAACGAGCGCCUCCGUGGACUCUGUUUCGGGCCUGCUAGCUGUUAUCACUGCGCUGUGCAAGGACUCCGCCUUCUGA